UUCCUAGUAGUUAAAGGGUUUCCCGGCAUAAAUACCAAAAAUCUUGUGAGCUAUCAAACCAUAUACCACUUAAAUUACACAACUUUUAUUAACUUUCACUCAAAAUUUUCCUUCUCAAGUGCCCAAUUUUCUCACCAACCAAACACCGCAACAGUGAGUAGUGAGUCUAGUGACAUACCCCUCAAUCACCGACCCAAACAUGCCCAUCUGCAACAGUUGCAAGGGCAAAACCUUCAUCCGCGACGACAUCACCAACAACCUCGCCUGCUCCACCUGCGGACGGCUCCAAGAGUACGACAAUUUGGUCGAACAGUACGGCGGCAUCAACGGCCCCACCGGCACCUUCGUCUCCGUCGGCACCACCGGCACCGGCAACGUUUACAGCUACAAAGAAACCAAAAUCUACGAGGCAAGAAAGCUCAUCGACGACGUGUCGCUUAGGCUGGGAUUUUCGCCCUCCGAAUCCGACGACGUCAAGAGAAUGGUCGCGACAAUCACCGAAGGUGAGUACGGCCAAGGUAAUUGGUUCAAUGUUUUCGUUGGUGCUUGCUCCUAUGUUGGCAUGAGAAGAGAUAACAAAUCCUUGCCGAUCUCCGAGGUUGCUUCGGUGAUCGGCUCCGAUGCCUAUGAACUUGGUAGGAUGAUCAUGCGGGUUGUUAAUUUCCUCGAUUUGAAAAAACCCAAUUUUCCAGAAUUCGAUAUUGUCAAUUUGUUCGAGCGGACGCUUAGGAAUUCGCAUAGUUUCGCUGAUGUUGAAGGGGAUAAGCUGCACAGAAUGAAAAAACAGGGCAUAUUUUUGAUACAUUGUGCCAUGAAGUGGUUCUUGACCACCGGGCGUAGGCCGCUUCCAAUUGUGGCGGCGGUGUUGGUUCUUGUGGCGGAGUUGAAUGGUAUUAGCAUUAGGAUUGAGGAAUUGGCUAAGGAAAUCCAUGCUGUUGUACAUACCAGUAGGUUGAGGUAUAGGGAGCUUUUACAGGCGCUUGUGAAGGUUGCACAAGCCUUGCCUUGGGGGAAGGAUAUUACAGUUAAGAAUGUGGUUAAGAAUGCCCCGUUUGUGAUUCAGUAUAUGGAGAGGAAGGCGAUGUCAAAGCCGAGUAAGAAGAAGGAUUCAGAGGGCUCGAAGGGCGGUGUUGGGUUAGAUUUGGGAGAUGUUGUUAGAGAUUGUUUGAGGAAAGAUAUCGGAGAUGGGACUGAUAUGAUGUCCUUUGAAGAUGAUUAUGAAACAGAAAUGGAAAAGUUAAAAUUUGCACACCAGUCUCGGUAUUUUGAGGCAGAAGAUGGUGGGUGCGCAUUGGGUGUUGACAAUGUGGAUAAGCUGAAGCUUUCACAUGAAUGCUUAUCCAUGAUGUACUCAAAGUUUUUGGAUGAGGUUGGGAAUGUAAAGUUGUCUGGGGGGUUAAAAGAGGUUCAUGAAAGGAAAAAGAGGCGGGGGUUUGAGCUCCAUGCUUGUACAGAGUGGUGGAAUGGAAAGUCUGCAUUGAGCAGGAGGCUUCUACUUAAGGAGAUAUUGGAGAAAGAUGUAGGAUUGGAUGUUGUGCCCCCAUCUUUUGUUAAUGGUUGCGUGACUGUAAAGAAGAGGAGAGAAAAGAUAAAUGCUGCCAAGCUGCGUAUUGAUAAAAUUAUGCAUCCAUUAAAUGCUCAUUCAGGUGACAGUAGCGAUACUUGCACUUCUGAAGAUGUACAUACUACGAAGAAGAGAAAGAGAGCACGUGGUAUUGAUUGGGAAGAUUUAAUUAUUGAAACUCUUCUCCUUCAUCGAGUAAAAGAGGAGGAAAUUGAGAAGGGGUGGUACAAUGUCUUACUGGAAUUACAUGUGUUCAACUCUGGGAUUGUGUGAGAGCUUCUGACAUGGUGGAACCGUAAUCGGUGGAAUAUUCUCACAUGUCUUUCCAACUGCAUGAUCGAAGUUACAUUUUUGUUGGAUUUUGAUGAGAUUUUGUUAAUCUUACAUCUGAUACAAUUAUACAAGCUCUCUCCUGUUUUGAAACAGAAGAUUGGCAAUUACAUUAUAAUACAUACUGGUUCUUCUAAUGGGACCUCAUUCUUUUGUUACAAAGGUUAUUAUUAA